CUCUCUCUCUCUCGCUCUCUCUAUGUCUAGAAUAGAGAGCGAUAAAAGAAAACUAAUUCACAAAAGACGAACGAAAACCUUGCGGGCGUAUGCCAUCUGAUAUUUUAGCCUACUGAAAACGGAAAGUGAAUUGAGAACGACAUCCGACAAGUGCUCAUGAUAGUGUGUCACUGUAUCACGGGGUCUCAAGGUUCGAAGUUGCAAAAGGAUUUGCUUUUGCCGCCGUCGCUGCCUUCAACCAACACGUUUGAAGUUCAAAGGCUGUAGAUGUAGACGAAAGCACUUCCUUAGCAAAUGCCGUUACAAGAACAUCAUCAUUUGACAGCGGCAGCAGCAGCAACAGCGGCUGUAACAGCAGCGUCGAUAGAGUAGUUCUUGUCUCGAGCGCAUUCAGUCUACGUGGACUCUUCGUGGCAUAAAGUUCAUUGAUAACGGAACAAUUCGCAAAAUAAAAUGUCAAGUGUCAAAGUCAAAAGAGUUUUGCUGCAUGUCUCUUUAAGGGCAAAACAUGUGGCCAAGUGUUACAACAUUUAAAGGUGUCAAAUAUUUGCUAAACCCUUAACUAAGUGAGGGCACAAUGAAAUUGGUUUCCUACAUAAAGUGAGGAAUUUAAAUAAGUUUUAAGAAGAAAAAAUUACAACAAAGAGCUUAAGCAAAUAUAAAAGGAAAUCAGUGAGCAUUAAACAUACGCCUAACCAAGUAUUAAAUAACAAGUAUAAUGAGCCAAGUCAAGUAAAUGAAAAAUAAGUGUGUUUUCAAGAAUUCAAGCCAUACGUGAGAAAUGAAUGAAAUUCAAAUAUUUAAGUAUAUAUAAUAAAACAUAUGCAGUUAAAAAGAAAAUUACAAACCCAAAAGUGAAGUGUUUGUUUUUGUGCAGUUUAAUUAAAACAAAGCAAAAUAUUUUAUUUAUAAGAAAAAAUUACAAAAUUGUUAUAAAUAUUAAAGAAAAAAAAUCUAUAUGAAAUAAUCAACAAAAACUCAUACAGUAUUUGCCGGCUUCAAUAGAAAUAAUUCACAAGUUACAAAUCGUUUAAUAAUUUUGAUGUUUACACGUUUAUUCGUCUAUUUAAAUAAGUGCUAAUAGAAAGUGUUUCCAACAACAUAAAAAAAAAAAUUUAAAGAAUUUUAAGAAAAAUAUUUAUAAUAUAUUAAACCUCAGUGUUACAUACUUCUGUUUGUGCAACUGAAAGUGUAAAAGCUCUUAAAAAACAAGCAAAACAAAAAACCUCAACUAUCUGUGCUCACCUUAAAAAGGCUUUAAAUUGCAAAAAAAUAAAAAUGAAAUAAAAAUCUGGUGAACAAACUACUGCUACUACUACACCAAAGAGACAUUGAAAGCCAAAGUCAUUUUUGAUGUAAAUGAAAAAAAAAAAUAUUAAACAAAAUUAAAAUUACAUUUAGUGAACAACAAUAAGAACAACCAAUUUAAUUAACGCAUAUACAAAAAACCUAUUAUUAAUAAAAAUUUAACAACAACAGCAACCAGAAUAUUAACAAAAAAUACAGCAGCCACAAAAUAAAGUGAUUGAAAUUCACCUAUAACUCAAAAUCUAAAGAUUCCUUCUGAAAAAAAGCAGAGGAAGAAACCCUGGUAGUGAAAAUUUAAAAUUUUAUGACAUUCAAUGCCUGCAGUCGAGUGUAUUCAAGUAACAUUAAUAUUCGAUGCUGUCAAAAGUUUUCUCUUCAAGAAUUUUUCUAAGGUUGACUUGUUGUGAAAUGCACGUGCACUAGAACUGUCCACAACAACAAAAAAAAAAAACCUCAACUCUAUAACCAAAGUGUGUAAAAUUUUUGGGGUUUUCUUUGUUUUUUGCUUGUGCUUUAAGAAACUAUACUGCAGUUGAGGUUUCCUUGGUGUUUGGGUAUUUUGUUGUUGCUUUUUCAUUUCGAAUUCGAAAGAUAUACGCCAAGCAUCAUCAACCACCACAUCGGCCCACAAAGGGUAGACAAAGAAUGAACGAUAUUAUAAUGAUAUCGUUUCAAUGUCGUUUUUUACGAUGCUAAAUGUUGGCAUGGCUAGCGGGCAUUGGCCACCCUUAUCAGUAGUGGGACCACCAACAACAGCAACAGUAACCACAUCAAGGCUACAGCCACCAUAUCUUUAUUGUCAGCUAAGCAGCAGCAGUAGCAGCGACGGCUGCAGUGGCAGCAACAACAGCAGCAUCAGCAACAUAAAGCCAACCACAAAUAGAGGACUAGCAAAUCGACAACAGCAUCAUCAGAGGCUGGAAUAUAAUCAUCGCUGUCAUCAUCAUCAUCACCAUCAUCCCCAUUAUCUGAACGACAGACAUAAGCAGCAGCAGCAGAAGCAACAACACCAUCACUAUAGCCAUCAUCAAUUGAGAAGAGAGCAGUUGGUGGUGAAAAGCAACAGCAUACGUGCCAUAGCAACUUUCAAAAAUGGAUAAAAGUUUGCAUUUGAAUUCGAAUUUAUCAGCAUCACGUCAAGUUAAAUGUUGCCGUAAUUCAUGGUUACAGCAAACGAACAGCAAACUACUAUUAUCACUGGUAGUACACACAUUUCAACACCCAUCAUUGAAUUACCGCCAUGAAUGAAACAGAGUGUGAGGAUUUAAUAAAGUCGGUAAAAUGGACGGAACCAUCAAAUUUGAUCUCACUGGCGAUACUCGAAUUUAUCAAUGUUUUAGUAAUAGGAGGCAAUCUUCUGGUCAUAGCCGCUGUGUUUUGUUCCAACAAAUUACGUAGUGUUACUAAUUUUUUCAUUGUUAAUCUGGCGGUGGCCGAUCUGUUGGUGGGUUUGGCCGUACUACCAUUCUCAGCCACAUGGGAGGUGUUUAAGGUUUGGAUUUUCGGUGAUGUCUGGUGUCGCAUUUGGCUGGCAGUUGAUGUGUGGAUGUGCACAGCCUCCAUUCUGAAUCUUUGUGCCAUAUCUUUGGACCGUUAUGUUGCGGUCACGCGGCCCGUUACUUAUCCCAGCAUCAUGUCCACAAAGAAGGCCAAAUCCCUAAUUGCCGGCAUAUGGGUUUUAUCGUUUGUUAUUUGUUUUCCUCCAUUGGUUGGAUGGAAAGAUCAAAAGCCAAUGGCAGAGCCAACCUAUACUAGGGGAAAUUAUACGCUUUACUAUGCCACAACAAGUACAACAGCAGCCACAGCUGAGCCAUCAACGGCAUCCAUAACAGUGGCGUCAUCAUCCGCAAGUGCGUCAUCCACAACAAGACCAUCAUCGCAAUACUCCAACAAGAAGUUGUUGCGCAGAAAAAAUCGCCAUAAGCCCAUGUCAACGGCAGAGCCCUAUUUGCCACCUGUAACUGCUCGUUCGCCGUCGUCGUCGCAGCAUCCAACUCAAUCCUCAAUUUCAUCGUCGUUGUACAAUUCAUUUAAUCCCUAUGAUCCAUACCAUGCCCACUUAGAUGUUAGAAAGAUUGCCAGAUAUGUAAAUAAGCGCAAAGUUAAUGCUGCGGCGUCAGCGGCAGCCAAUAUUGACGUUGAUGAGACCAACCCGAAUGCCUUGGACUUUUUGUAUGACGAUGACAAUGAUGAUGAUGAGGUGGCCUCCCAAACACGUUACUCAAGUCCAUCAAGUGAUAGUCCAGAAUAUGGCAGAUUUGAUGCCAGUGGUGAUGAUGGCUCUACAAAUUUCUACAAAGACUAUGAGACCUACAGGGAACGGCUAAACGAGGAGAGGAUAACAAGCAGUGGAGGCGGCAGCAGCAGCAGCACCAUCACCCCCAGCACUACAAACUCAAUGAAAAUGGCCACAACAAAUACCUAUGACUACUCAAUGGAGAGUUUUUCAUCAUCGCCAUCAUCGCCGGCACCACCAUUGCGGCCACAAUCAUCAGCAUCGCAGACGCCACCACCCUGUCCCUGGAAAUGUGAGCUGACAAAUGAUCGUGGCUAUGUGCUGUACUCUGCUUUGGGCUCCUUCUACAUACCCAUGUUUGUGAUGCUCUUCUUUUAUUGGCGCAUUUAUAGAGCAGCCGUACGCACCACACGAGCCAUUAAUCAGGGAUUUAAGACCACUAAGGGUUCCAAAGGAAUUGGAUCACGUUUUGAUGAGCAACGUUUAACACUGAGGAUACAUCGUGGCCGUGGCUCCAAUCAGCAUGAAUCAACGCACAGCAAUGGCAGCACCCAAAGCACCACCACAACAUUGGGCACUCCAUCGCCCGAAAGGAUGAGCAAAUACUCGACGCGUCGACUGCACAAUCAUGACAAAAUAAAAAUAUCCGUUUCGUAUCCAUCCAAUGAUAAUAUAUCGGAAAUGGCACAACAUGUACACGAUGCGGGUAAUCACAAUAGUCAUGGUCACGAAAGGGGGCGCACUGCAUCGGCCAGCGGUGGCAACAUGCUGUUCGCUGUCCAUUAUGGCUCACACAAUGGACGUGACUGCACCGAGACUCAAUUGUAUAGACAUCAGCAUGGUGGCAACUGUUACCUGCAGGUGGGUAAGUCAAUGCCCGAUAUGAUGCGGAGGGCUUCGAAUGCCAGCGAUACGAGUCAUCAAUUGAUGUCCGGCCAGCGUCCCAACAAAAAGAUGGGCAAGCGCAAUAUAAAGGCUCAGGUUAAGCGCUUUCGCAUGGAGACCAAGGCAGCCAAAACGUUGGCCAUCAUUGUGGGCUUGUUCAUUUUCUGUUGGCUGCCCUUCUUUACCAUGUACAUCAUCCGGCCCUUCUGUGAGGAUUGCAUAGAUCCGUUGCUCUUCUCCAUACUCUUCUGGUUGGGCUAUUGCAAUUCGGCAGUGAAUCCCAUGAUAUAUGCGCUCUUUUCCAAAGACUUUCGUUUUGCCUUCAAACGCAUCAUAUGCAAAUGUUUCUGUUCGAGUAAGUCCAUAAAUCUGAAAACGUCAAGGCGUGGCAGUGAUAUGUCAGCCAUACGCAUAAGGGGUCGAACGCCCAGCAUUACACCCAGUGCGGCCGCACACUCGUUUGGCGACGAAUCCGAAUAUCAUCCCUCGGAACAUAGCGAACACAGAUGACCCUCAUUCGGACCCACCAAUUCCACUUCGCAGAAUAGUUUGGGGGUCCGAAAAUCGAGUUUAAAAGUUCCCGUCUACGAGAUAUGCCAUCCGUUGGUCAUGGACAUGGGCAGCGGCAGUGGCAGUGGCGGAAGUGCCAGCAGUGGCAAUGCCAAUGGUAAACGCACCCCAUUGUAGCCCUUGAUUGAGAUGCAAUGCUUUAGCAGUGGCACUGGAGGAGCAUUAGGGGCAGCAGGAGGGGGAGGAGGAGGAGGAGGAGUAGGCAGUGCCGAAGCUACAGCAGGAGCGAGAUUAGCCGUACCAGGCCAUAGACAUAGUGUUAGGAUUAAAAACUGUAAAGAAACUACAAACAAAAGGGGCAGGGCAAUACGCUUAAAGUAAAAAUCAACAAAAUGUAGAACACUACAACUACAUGUAACCACUACAUACGAAAACAACAGCAACAAAAAAAAAAACAACGUUGGCCAACUUGUAAAACCAAUAAACCAACACAAACGCAACUGCAAAUACAAAUACAAAUACACAAUGCAAAUAAGAAACGCAAACUUGACUUCAUUAAUCACGAAAGCGUUUAAUUAACUAAGUGAACUUAAUUAGGAAAUUACUUUUUAAGGGUUAAACACUACUCCUCCCGUUUUCUUUCCUUCCUGCCUAUACUCGUAUGUUAUCCGCACAUGCAUGCGCGUGGGUGAGUAGGAAUGUUUUCGGGAGGCUGAUGGUGUUUUAAUUUUAAGUGAAUUUGCAAUAAAAUUGUUUUAUGGCUAAACUAUUUAUUACCCCUUUAACUUUAUUAAGACUUAUAACACCACUCUUGUAAUAUUUAAAUAAAAUACAUAAAACUCUUAAAUAGGGAACAUUGUUGUUUAAUAAGGCAAAUAAUAAGACUUUAAUAUACACAAAAGUAUAAUAAUUUAAGUUGGGUUGUUAAAUUAAAAUUAAAAUUUGUUCAUUAAUAUACACACGCUUGUGAAGAUGCUAUGCCAUCUUUAAUUAUACCCUACACCAUAGCGGGGGGGUAUACUAAUUUCGUUAUUAUGUUUGUAACUACUCGAAAUAUUCGUCUGAGACCCCAUAAAGUAUAUAUAUUCUUGAUCGUCGUGAUAUUUUAUGUCGAUCCGUCUGUACGUCCGUCUGUCUGUCCGUCCGUCUGUCUGUCGAAAUCACGCUAUCUUUCGAAGGAGUAAAGCUAGCCGCUUUAAAUUUUGCACAAAUACUUCUUAUUAGAGUAGGUCCGUUGGGAUUGUAAAUGGACCAUAUCGGUCCAUGUUUUGAUAUAGCUGUCAUAUAAACCGAUCUUGGGUCUUGACUUCUUGAGCCUCUAGAGGUCGCAAUUAUUAUCCGAUUUGCCUGAAAUUUUGUACGACGGAUCCUCCCAUGACCAUCAACAUACGUGUUUAUUAUGAUCUCAAUAGAUCUAUAGCCUGAUACAGCUUCUAUAUAAACCGAUCUCCCGAUUUUGCUUCUUGAGCCCCCACAAGGCGCAAUUCUUUUCCGAUCUUGGAUCUUGACUUCUUGACCCUCUAGAGUGCGCAAUUCUUAUCCGAAAGUAAUGGAAUUUUGCACGACGUGUUUUGUUAUACUAUCCAACAACUGUGCUAAGUAUGGCGCAAAUCGAAUGAUAACCUGAUAUAGCUGCCAUAUAAACCGAACUGGGAUCUUGACUUCUUGAACCUCUAGAGGGUGCAAUUCUCGUCCGAUUUGCCUGAAAUUUUGUACGACGGAUCCUCCCAUGACCAUCAUUAUACGUGUUUAUUAUGAUCUCAAUCGAUCUAUAGCCUGAUACAUCUUCUAUAUAAACCGAUCUCCCGAUUUUGCUUCUACAAGGCGCAAUUCUUAUCCGAAUGAAUUGAAAUAUUUCACAAUGACUUCUACAAUGUUCAGCAUUCAUUUAUGAUCCGAAUCGGACUUUUUACUUGUUGAAACUACUUUCGAUUAUAUGUUUUAAUAACCUGUUAUAAACCAAAAUAAGUAAAAAGCCAUUAAGUUCGGCCGGGCCGAACUUUGGAUACCCACCACCUCGGGUAUAUAGGUAAAUUCCAUUUCGUCACAAUCCGGUGAAUAUUGGAUAACUAAAGCACCCAAAUUCAGCACGGAUAUAUGUCACUAUUCAAUUUUGUAGAACAAAAUAUAGGCAGAUAUAUCCAAUUAAAAUCGAUCUGAACCAUAUUAAGGUCGGAUAUCGCGAGGCUCAGAAAAACUCACUGUUUUAAAUUUCAGCGAAAUCUGGUAAUAAAUAAAGCUAUUGUGUGCUUCGGUCCAUAUGGGGACUAUAUCUAAAUAAAGUCCGAUCUGAAUCAUAUUUGGGUCGAAUGUUGGGAGGUCUGAACCUACUCACUGUUACAAAUGUCAGGGAAAUCGGGUAAUAAAAAAAGCUUUUAUGGCCUUCAGACCCCUUAUCGGGAGAUCGGUCUAUAUGAUAGCUAUAUCUAAACAUAGUCCGAUCUGAACCAUAUUUACUUCAGAUGUUGAGAGGCUGAAAAUAACCCACUGUUUUAAAUUUCCGCGAAAUCGGGUAAUAAAUAAAGAUUUUAUGACCUUCAGACCCUUUAUCGGAAGAUUGGUCUACAUGGCAGGUAUAUCUAAAUAUGAACCGAUCUAAUCCAUAUUUAGGUCAGAUGUCGGGAGGCUUAAAAUAACCCACUAUUUCAAAUUUCAGCAAAAUGGGAUAAAA